AUGGCUACAUCUUCGCUCUCCAGCGCGUGUAUCCCCGACAACUUUGCCGACCUCACCCUUGCGGGCGCCGACAUCCUCGGUGUCUCAGCCCAGGUGCUCACCAACGUCACAGAGUUGAGCGUCGGGGCCUUUCAUCCCACCGCGCCGACCAUAGAGCUGAAGAACGCUAGCUUCUGCAACGUCACCGUGACAUACACCCAUUCUGGACAGGAUGACCGCAUCAAUGUCGAGGCAUGGCUCCCACUCAGCAAUUGGAACAAUCGCUUUCAAGCAGCUGGUGGCGGUGGAUGGGUCGCAGGCCGUUUCCUUGUCACAUACGGCAACAUGUACGGCGCCUUGGCGAACGGCUUUGCAACCUCUUCCACCGACGCGGGAUUGACCCUCGGCAGUCAGUUCGCUGAACCGUGGGCCACACUGAGUCCUGGAAACCCUAACCUGUACAAUCUGAACAAUCUCGCAUCGGUUUCGCUCAACGAUCAAGCGGUACUAUCCAAGGCUGUUAUCAAACAGUUUUAUGGAUCAGGACCCGAAUUCUCCUACUGGAGCGGCUGCUCUCAAGGUGGCCGCCAGGGCAUGAUGCUUGCCCAGCGGUACCCAGAUGCCUACGACGGGAUUGACGCCGGUGCUCCUGCAAUCAACUGGGGCGAGAUAUUCCCAUCCAUGCAGUGGCCGCAGCAGAUCAUGAGCGAGCUGGGCUACGUUCCUUUUCCUUGCGAGCUCGAUGCACUGACUGCCGCUGCUGUCGCUGCUUGCGACGGCCUCGAUGGCGUCGAGGAUGGAAUCAUCGGAGAGCCUGUCGCAUGUCUCAAGGAGUUCGAUCCAUUCAGCAAGGUCGGCACAAUGAUACAAUGUGCCCAGACAAACAGCACCAAGGCGAUCACCGAAGCCGCCGCUACAGUGGUAAAUGCCACCUGGAAUGGAAUGAGGACCGCCGCGGGAAAGCAGACAUGGUUCGGCCUCCUUCCUGGGACUGAUAUCACGGGAACUUCGCCUUUGACACCCGCUGGAUUUCCUGUCGCUGCUUCCACCUGCAACGCCACCGCAUGUACUGCGGUACCUGUCGGGCUUCCUGUAGAGUGGAUGAAGUUCUUUGUGGCUCGUAAUGCUGGGCUCGAUCUGCAGAACCUUACUCGCAAAGAGUUCGACAGGAUCUCUCAUCUGAGCGUCUCUAUGUAUGACUCUAUCAUCGGAACUAAUGACGCAGACUUGUCGGUUUUCCGCGAGAGAGGCGGCAAGAUUAUAUCAUUCCAUGGGCUGGCCGAUACCAUCAUCCCCCCGCAGGGCUCCGAGCACUACUACAAAGCAGUCGAAGCCGAGGUCGGAAACAUGGACGACUUUUACCGCUACUACGAGAUUCCGGGCCUCGGCCACUGCUCCGGUGGGCCCAGCGGAUUACCGAGCCGCCUCUUUGGACAACUGCAGUCAUGGGUCGAGAACGGCACAGAGGGCACUACACAGGAUCGGAUCAUCUGUCCUUACCCGCAAAAGGCUGCCUUUGAUCCCAGCUGCGGUCAGACGGAGAACACAGAAUGCUUCAGCUGUGUCCUAGGUUCGUGA